UCGCUCUCCUCAUCCUCCUGUGACUUAGUUUGCUGUGAGUAACAACUGGCAGACCUCUCUUCUCCUCUUUCCCAGCGAGGUGGCGAGCGCAUCCCCCCGCACCUGCUUUCACCAGGAGGGGAUCCUGCGCCUCCGUGGCUGCUGGAAGCCGACGGCACGUGGUCUCACGGCAGCGGCGUAACAUUAACGGCACACCAACCUGAAGGAACGAGGCACGGCAGCCUCAGCCUCCCCUGUCACUGCCGGCUCACGAAAAGAAUCGUCAGCUUUGUGCUCAGUGGGAGCUGCUCUGUACUGCAAGAGAUCUCUAGGAUCGUGCUUGGAUGUUUGGAGGCAGAGCCGCCCCAGGGUCAUAGGGGCCGGACAGUAGACGGAACAUGAGAUCGGCGAGCACCCUUUCUCAGAACAUUCUCGCCUUGAACCCGAGGGUGAAGACCCACGCGGAUCUCCAUUCCACUGCCUCAAAGAAGAAGGAGAAGAAGCAUUGGAAGAGAAACCCAGAGAGAAACUGCGAUUCUUGCUUGAAUUUGGAGAACAACUUCGAUGACAUCAAGCACACAACUCUGAGCGAGCGUGGGGCACUUCGGGAAGCACUGAGAUGUCUGAAAUGUGCCGACGCUCCUUGUCAGAAAAGCUGUCCUACCAAUUUGGACAUCAAGUCCUUCAUCACCAGCAUUGCCAACAAGAACUACUAUGGGGCAGCGAAGGCAAUCCUCUCAGACAAUCCUCUGGGUUUGACUUGUGGUAUGGUGUGUCCCACCUCUGAUCUGUGUGUGGGGGGCUGUAACCUCUAUGCCUGUGAGGAAGGUCCCAUCAAUAUCGGUGGUCUCCAGCAGUUUGCCACUGAGGUGUUCAGUAAGAUGGGCAUUCCUCAGAUCAGGAAUCCAGAGCUCCCGUCACCAGAGGAUAUGCCAGAGAGCUACCACACAAAGAUCGCUCUCAUCGGCUGUGGCCCUGCUAGCAUAAGCUGUGCCUCCUUCCUGGCUCGACUGGGAUAUGACAAUAUCACAGUCUUUGAGAAAAAGAAAUACACUGGUGGGCUCAGCACUUCCGAAAUCCCUCAGUUCCGUUUGCCCUACGAAGUGGUGCAGUUUGAGAUCGAUCUGAUGGAAGAUCUUGGUGUAAAGGUUGUUCUUGAGAAGGGACUCGGGCAGAAUGGGAUGACUCUGACCUCACUGAAGGAGGAGGGCUUCCAGGUCGUCUUCAUUGGCAUUGGUCUUCCACAAGCAAACAGGGACAAGAUCUUUGAGGGCUUGACUGUAGAGCAGGGAUUCUUCACAUCAAAAGAUUUUCUUCCCUUGGUUGCAAAGGCCAGUAAAACAGGCAUGUGUAAAUGCCGUCACCAGCUGCCGAAGCUGCACGGAAAUGUGAUAGUUCUGGGUGCAGGAGACACCGCGUUUGACUGUGCAACCUCUGCUCUCCGCUGCGGAGCUCGACGAGUCUUUGUGGUCUUUAGAAAGGGCUUCACCAACAUUCGCGCUGUUCCAGAAGAGAUGGAAGUAGCCAGAGAGGAAAGGUGCGAGUUCCUGCCCUUCCUGUCCCCUUGUGAGGUCAUCAUGAAAGACGGGAACGUGGUGGGCCUGCGGUUCUGCCGCACUGAGCAGCAGGAUGACGGCACCUGGAUUGUGGAUGAGGAGCAGAUCGUCCACCUCAAAGCUGACUUCAUCAUCAGCGCCUUUGGCUCCAUGCUUCAGGAUCCUUCAGUGAAAAAGGCCAUGGAACCAGUCAAGCUGAAUGGAUGGGGGACACCUGAGGUGAACAGCGAAACCAUGCAGACCAGCGAACCCUGGGUGUUUGCCGGCGGAGACAUCGCCGGCUUGGCCAACACCACCGUGGAGUCUGUCAAUGAUGGCAAACAAACUUCCUGGCACAUCCACAAGUACAUCCAGUCCCUCCAUGGUAACACAGUAAGCACCGCUCCCAAACUUCCCCUGUUCCUCUGUGCCAUCGAUACAGUAGACAUCAGCGUUGAGAUGUGUGGGAUAAGGUUCCCCAACCCGUUUGGACUCGCCAGUGCUCCACCAACAACCAGCGCUGCCAUGAUCCGCAGAGCCUUCGAGCAGGGCUGGGGCUUCGCCCUCACCAAGACCUUUGGGCUGGACAAGGAUUUGGUGACCAACGUGUCUCCGCGAAUCGUGCGUGGGACCACCUCAAGUCACGUAUUCGGCCCCGGCCAGGGCUCUUUCCUCAACAUUGAACUCAUUAGCGAGAAAACAGCCACCUACUGGUGCAAGAGCGUUUCAGAACUCAAAGCUGACUUUCCCAAAAAUAUCAUCAUUGCCAGUAUUAUGUGCGGUUACAACAAAGCUGAUUGGACGGAGCUGGCAAAGAUGUCUGAGGACGCUAAAGCUGAUGCUCUUGAGCUGAACUUGUCUUGUCCUCAUGGUAUGGGAGAGAGAGGUAUGGGACUGGCAUGUGGACAGGACCCUGAGCUGGUGCGUAACAUCUGCCGCUGGGUCCGACAGGCCACAACCAUCCCCUUCUUUGCCAAGCUGACGCCCAAUGUCACCAACAUUGUUGAUAUCGCCAGAGCCGCACAAGAGGGUGGAGCAGAUGGAGUCACAGCGACCAACACUGUAUCUGGACUGAUGGCUAUCAAAGCAGAUGCCACACCUUGGCCCGGAGUCGGCAGUGGAGCGAGAACUACAUACGGUGGUGUUUCUGGCAAUGCAAUCCGGCCCAUUGCUCUGCGUGCUGUGUCAGCUAUAGCCAGAGCUCUGCCUGGCUUCCCUAUCCUGGCUACGGGUGGCAUUGACUCGGCAGAGUCUGGACUGCAGUUCCUUCAUGCUGGAGCUUCUGUCCUGCAGGUAUGCAGUGCCGUGCAGAACCAGGACUUCACAGUGAUUGAAGACUACUGUUUAGGCCUGAAGGCACUGCUCUAUCUGAAGAGCAUAGAAGAGCUGUGCGAUUGGGACGGCCAGUCUCCUCCCACCGUACGCCACCAGAAGGGCAAACCUGUCCCCCGCGUAGAGGAGCUCGUCGGAAAGAGUUUGCCGAGCUUUGGACCAUACAUGGAGAAGAAAACUCAAGCCAUAGCAAAGUACAAGAAGAGCCUGACGGACCCCAGCGACAGUGUGGCCACGGAUGCUAAUGCUGAUAGAGUUUACGUCCCCAAAAAACCCAUCCCCAGUGUCCAGGAUGUGAUCGCCAGAGCGCUAAAGCACAUUGGUGCGUACCAGGAGCUGGACAACCAAGAACAAGUGCAGGCCCUCAUUGAUCCGGAGAUGUGCAUCAACUGCGGAAAAUGCUACAUGACCUGCAACGACUCGGGCUACCAGGCUAUUAAGUUUGACCCAGAGACCCAUCUUCCUGUAAUCAUGGACAGCUGCACCGGCUGUACUCUCUGCCUGAGCGUGUGCCCCAUCAUCGACUGCAUCAAAAUGGUUACCAGGACAACGCGGUACGUGCCCAAGAGGGGCCUGCCUGUUAAUCCCGUUUGCUAAAGCACACUGUGGCUCCACCUGACCGGAGAAAAAAGAAAGCGAGGGGCAGACGUCUCAUUCAGAGCAUUCGAUUCCACUUAUAAUUGCUGUGUGAAAAAUUACCUUUAUUAUGAAAACGAGUAAUUAGCCAGAGAAAAUAAUUGCUUCAUAUUCCCAAACCGGUUAUGCUUGAAUAAUUGCGCUGGAACAAAAAGUGAGUUGCAUUAUUUCGAAACAAUAGACUGCAAUGUUGUUGUUUUUCGCUCCCCCUCUCUCUAAAGAUCUAGCAAUCAAAAUUGAAAUGGAUUGAUCGGGAUGGCUAAGAGCUGUUGCUUCUUUGAUAUAAAUAGAUACCAUUCCAGGUAGUUUACUAAUGAACAAUAUUGAAAUCAAGUGAAAAAUGAUUCUUUUGAAACAGCAAUGAAUUAUGUGAAUGAAAAUUGUGAGUAUGUAAUAAUUAUGCUAUAGGCAUAUGUGCUUGUGUAAUGUUUCUUAGCGAUUCAUUAUAUACAGUGGCUUGCAAAAGUGUUCAACGUUCAUUUUAUUCACAUUUUGUUAUGCUGCUGCCUUAUCUUAAACUACUUUAAAUGAUUAUUUUUUUUACAUUAAUCUACACUCCAUGCACAAUAAUGACAAAACAAAAAACUGAUUUUUGACAGCUUUGCAAAUUUAUUAAAAAUAAAAAACAAAAAUAAGUACAUUGCAUAUGUAUUCACACCCUUUUCUGGGACACUUGAAAUUUUGCUCAGAAGCAUUAGUUUUGCUUGUUAAUGUUUAUACACUUCGAGUGGAGUUAACCUGUGCCAAAUUCAAUUGAAUAAGUAUGAUUUGGAGCGGCACAUACCUCUCUAUAAAGGGUGCAACAGCUGAAAAUGCAUAUCAAAGUAAAAACCAAGACAUGAGGUCAAAAGAACUGCCAGUAGAGCUUUGAGACAGGAUUGUAUCAAGGCACAGAUCUGGGGAAGACUUCUGAAAACAAUCUGCUGUAUUGAAGGUUCACAGAAGCAUGUAGCCUCCAUUUAUCCUCAAUGAAAGAGGUUUGGAACCAUCAGAUCUCUUACUUGAGCUGACCUCCUGUCCAAACUGAGCCAUCGAUGAGGAAGGGUCUUGGUUAGAGCGGUGACCAAGAAGCUGAUGAUCACUCUGGUUGAGCUCCAUGAUCAUAUAUGGAGAUGGGAGAAACUUACAGAAGGACAAACAUCACUGCAACACUCCACCAAUCUGGGCUUUAUGGCUUAGUGGCCAGACUCAAACCUUUGCUCAGUGAAGACACAUGGAAACUUAAAAUAUGCAAAAACGUACUUCAACGAAUCUUUCAAACUGUCAGAAACAAGAUAUUCUGGUCUGAUGAAUCUCAGAUUCAUGCAUCAUGUCUGGAGAAAACCAAGCACUGCUCAACACCUGUACAAUACCGUCUCAACAGUAAAGUGUAGUGGAAACAGCAUCAUGAUGUGGGUGUUUUUCAGCUUCAGGGACUGUACACAAAAUACGGAGAUAAUGAUCAUGAAAACCUAGCCCAGAACAUUCAGAACCUCGGACAGGGCAGAAGGUUCAUUCUCCAACAUGACAAUGAUCCUAAGCACACAACUAAAACAAUGCAAGAGUGGCUUAUGGACAACUCUGUCUAUGUCCUUGAGUGGCCCAGCUAGUGCUUGAACCCAACUGAACAUCUCUGUAGAAACCUGAAAAUGUCUGUCUACUGAUGAUCUCCAUCCAACCUGACAGAGUUUGAGAGGAUCUGAAGAGAAGAAUGACAGAGAAUUGCCAAAUGUAAAGCUUUUCACAUCAUACCCAAAAAGAUUUGAGUCUGUAAAGGCGCUAUAACCAUUUUCUGAGUUGAGGGUGUGAAUACUUAUGCAAUGUACUUAUUUUUGUUUUUUGUUUUUAAUAAAUUUGCAAAGCUGUCAAAAAUCAGUUUUUUUGUUUUGUCAUUAUUGUGCAUGGAGUGUAGAUUAAUGUAAAAAAAAUCAUUUAAAGUAGUUUAAGAUAAGGCAGCAGCAUAACAAAAUGUGAAUAAAAUGAAGGGGGUUGAACACUUUUGCAAGCCACUGUAUUUAUACCUGAAGAAUUUCUUUCUCAUGAUAAGCAAACAAUCUUUAAAAUAAACAUGCUGUUUUAAAUGCUUUCAACUGUGAGCCUUAAUUCAAUGUAAUGAAAUAUUCCUGCAGUAUAAUUGUGAGUCUCAGUAUUUUAGUUGCAGUUAUAUAAUGUCUCAUUGUUUUGACUUUAGAAAGAACAGCUUUACUUUUCGAUACAGAGACAAACCAAACAUUCAGAUUGUAUUUAUCAGAAUAGCACUUUUAAUGUCUCAAUUGAUUUGUUUUGCCGAACAAAUCAUUCAAUGCAGCUACUACGAACACAAGUCUGAGAUAUCUGAACACUCUCUGUUAUGUUAAUAUGAUGUUCUUGAUUGAUGAUUGUUACAUCUGCAAACAAACAUCCGGCUGCGUAGACUGGAGCGGUCUGUAGAUGGACUUAAUUAAAUUGCUAGCAUUUUCAUCUCGAAGAUACAGAGCGUUUUGUGUUUGAAAUGUUGGAAAGCGUUGCAUUUGAAAAACAGUAGCCAAACGUGUCUCGAGUUAUUUCAUCAUUUAUUACAACAGCACAAUAACAAGGGAUUAGAAGGAAAAUUGGUCGUCCAUAAAUCUAAAGUUUGCACUGGAGCUCCAUUAAUUUGGCCACGACUUAACAUGCUUUGUAAAAAUGUUUGCCUCUGAAAAAUUAGCAGCCGGGCCAGGCGAAAUGACAAUGUUCAGCAAAUUUACUAAACUCCCUUAAGCAUGCUCAUUAUUGACUGCCAAAACCCCAUUUCAACAACUGAAAUCGUGCAUGCUUUUCAAAGAGCAGAGUUUUGAUCUAUUAACACUAGCCUAGCCUUUCACUGAUUGUUAUUCAGUUGGACUGUUUUUAUUCGCUACAUGAUGCCAAUUAAAGGGACAUGUUUACACAGAGCAUCAUUAGGUCAACAAUGAAGCAAAGCUUGAUGCUUAUUACAGUAAGUCAUUGGCUAGAGUUGCACCAACCCACCAUUCAUACGCCACCGUGCAUCAGCCCACUUCCUCUCUCUGAUUGCAAUUAAGAAAUGAUGUGCCUGGACCAUGGCCAGCCGUGCCAGGUUAAAUUAUUCAUGAUUGUUAAUAAGACGAGCGAGAGCACUCCCUCUUUUCCUCCUCCUGCUCUCCCACAUAAGUGCUGUAUUAGAGAAAUAAUAUUGACCUUUCCAUAGGAACGCCCACAUGCGACACCAGGAAGCUACUGCUCUAUCCUAAUUUCCAUGUCGUUUCUGAAGGCACACAGAGCGAGACAUGCUUUUCCUUUCGUACACACUGAGCAAAGAAAACGCAUUUCUGGAACCUUAGAGUAGGUAAAUAUUGAUGUCCAUUAGGAAGCAAUAAUGGGCUCAUUAGGUUAAUUCACAUGGGGCUUUCCCAUGGCACGUACAAUUUUUCCUUCAAAGAAUCUCGAAAAGCAAAAAAAUCACUUUAGAGGUGAAAAUCUUUUAUGGACUUUCUGAUGUUAAAAGAUGAUUCUUUACAUAUUAAAUUACGAUUAUACAGCAUUUACUCAUCCUCGUGUCAUUUCAAACCUGUAUGUUGAAGAAUGUUGGUAACCAAACAACAUCGGACCCCUUGACUUCAUUCGUACGCAAAACCACUGAGACAUUUCUCAAAAUAUCUUCUUUUGUGUUCAACAGAAGAAUACAGUCAUAUACAGGUUUUGAAUAAAUGAUGAUUGAGGUUUUUAUUGUUGUGUGAACUAUCCCUUUAAGUGUAAGUUCUUAAUGUUAACCAGUAGAGGGUACCAUGCUAUGACUGUUACACUGGCAAGCUAUAACUGCAACUAUGGUUUAAUUUCA